AUGGUGUUGGAGGCCGAUGUGGGCAUCGUCGCAUACGCGAAUGAUGCUCAGGGCUUCGCCGCCACCCUCAAGCACAGGUACUCUGAUUUUCGCGUGAAUGAGAUUCGCCAGGAGGGAGGCGUCGUAAGACUGGUCAACACCACCGUCCCCAAGGCGGCUGAGGCUCGUGAGGUGCCCCUGUGUUCCGCUCAGGAGCUCAUCCAGAAGUUGGAGUCUGCGACGGGCAACCCCGCUUCACCAGACAUCCUUGACUUCUUAGAACGCGUCAAGAAUGGCUCGGUUCCUCCCUCGGAGCGCAUUCACCUGGGCCCCUUUCAGGAUAAGGCGCAACGAACUGCGGUGCACGGAAUUUUCAAGGCCUGGCCGACCCUGGCGACCGAGACAGGAGCCGAGGGCAGCAUUGAGCUCGGUCUGGGGGGUGGCAAGGGGAUCAAGAGGAGGCGCAGUGAGUGGGCUGGCGGUGACGCUCGGUAUGUGAAGUUUACCAUGUACAAGGAGAACAUGGAGUCUCAGGCCGCGCUUUCUCUGCUAGGCAGUAAGCUGCAUGUUUCCGCCAAGGUGUUUGGGAUUGCGGGGACCAAGGACAAGAGGGGCUGCACCUGCCAAGAAGUCACCGCCUUCAGGGUCGACCCUGGGCGCCUGGCCACAGCUGCCAAACAGCUGCGGGGCAUCAGUGUGGGUGACUUUUCUUUCACUGACGAGGAGCUACACCUGGGUCAACUGGGGGGCAACAGAUUUGAGCUCAUUCUCAGGGGGCUCCCACCUGAUGCAGAGGAAGACGUCAAGGCGGCGUGCACAGCCCUCGCUGCCUCUGGCUUCAUAAACUACUUUGGCCUGCAGCGAUUUGGCAGCGGCCCCAUCCCGACACAUGCCAUUGGCAGGGCUCUGUUGGCAGGGCAGUGGGACAGGGCUGUCGCCAGCAUCCUUGGUCGGGCCGGUCCGGAUGUCCUGCCCACCAGCCUCCAAGAGGUCAAGAGCGCGCUGAGGGGCACCCCCGGAUUUGCAGUUGCUGAGACAGCUGUGCUCCAGGCUCUGCUGAAGCAUGGCGCCACCAACUACCUCACAGCAGUCCAAGCCAUCCCGCGGAACCUGCGCACCAUGUACAUUCAUGCCUACCAGUCUUACCUCUGGAACUCAGUGGCGAGCUUCCGGCUGCGCCAGUCCAGGAGUGCACUGCUGGUCGGAGACCUGGUGGCACAGAGCAAGACCGGUGCGGGUGGGCCUGAUGGCAGCCAAGAGUUUGUGGGCAGCACAGACCAGGUGCCCCUCCAUUCUGAGAAUGAAGUGGAGUUCACGGAGCCCGGAGCAAACGCAAAGGAGGCGGCCGCCCCUGCCAACAUGGCGGUGCACAUAAUUUCAGCAGAGGACCUGGACACGAGGUCAUACUCCAUGUCCGACCUGCUCCUCCCGCUGCCAGGCAGCAGCGUCCGUCUACCUGAGAAUGCCACCGGCGAGGAGUAUGCCCGCCUGCUGGCCGAGGACGGCCUGAGCCUGGAGACCUCAGCGCAUGGGACUGCGGGGUUCACCCUCGCGGGACAGACGGGGGCGUACCGCCUCGUGCUGGGUUCCCCGGGCGACGUCGAGUGGGAGCUGCUGCGCCACUCUGCACAGGACACGGACCUGGCGGAGGGGCAGGGAGUGGAGCCCGGGGGCGCCCUCCUGGCCCUGCGACUGGCCUUCAGCCUGGCUCCCUCCUCCUACGCCACCAUGGUGGUGAGGGAGCUGACGAAGCAGUCCGGCGCGGCGCUGCAUGCGGCCCUGCCCAGAGCUGGGCCGCCUGUCUGA